GGGCUCGGGCGAGCCGGGCACACACACACCGCCUUCCCAACACCCGCGGAGGUGCCGCGGGACCCUCCCGAGCCCGCCCGGGGGAGCCCCUGCCGCCCCGGUCCCUGCCCGUGCCGGCGGCCGAGGGGCCCCCGCAGCCCAGCGGCGCCGUGAGGGACCCGCCGCCCCACCCGCCCCGCGGGCGAUGGAGCCGCCGGCGGCCGCCGCUCGCCAGGUAGAAACAGAUGACCAAAUAGCCCUCCUUAGUAAGCCCAGGAAAAAAGGAGGAAACAGUGAUCUGGCAUCAGCUGCGUUUAACAUUGUCAAUUCAAUCAUAGGAUCAGGCAUUAUAGGAUUGCCAUAUUCAAUGAAGGAAGCUGGUUUUCCUCUAGGAGUACUGCUUUUAUUUGUGGUUGCCUACAUCACAGAUUAUUCCAUUAUAUUACUAAUCAAAGGAGGAAAUCUGUCCAGUACCAACACAUAUCAAGAGCUGGUCAGAAAAACCUAUGGUCGUGCAGGUUAUAUAAUUCUUUCAACUCUUCAGUUUUUAUAUCCAUUUAUUGCUAUGAUCAGUUACAACAUAAUAACAGGAGACACUUUAACCAAAGUUUUUCAGAGAAUUCCUGGAGUUGGGCUGGAUAACGUGCUUACUGACCGUCACUUCAUAAUUCUUCUUACCACCAUCAUCUUUACCUUACCCAUAUCUUUAUAUCAAGACAUAGCAAAAUUGGGAAAGAUAUCUCUUAUCUCUCUGAUUUUAACCGUUGUCAUCCUGAUAAUUGUGAUGGUGAGAACUGUAACCUUCAGUCCACAAGUACCCAAAUCAGAAAAUGCAUGGACAUUUGCAAAAUCAAAUGCAGUACAAGCCAUUGGGGUGAUGUCAUUUGCAUUCAUCUGCAACCAUAACAGCUUCUUAAUAUAUGGGUCUCUGGAAGAACCCACAUUAAAGAACUGGUCUCAAGUCACACAUGUGUCUGUCUCACUGGCUGUUGUAAUCAGUGUUGUGUUUGCUACAUGUGGAUAUAUGACUUUUACAGGAUACACAGAAGGAGACAUAUUUGAAAACUACUGUAGAGAUGACAACCUUGCUACAUUUGGAAGGUUUUGUUAUGGAGUUACUGUAAUUCUGACCUUCCCCCUUGAAUGCUUUGUGACCAGAGAGGUGAUUGCCAAUGUGUUUUUCCAUGGGAACCUCUCAACAGUUUUCCAUGUUGUUGUGACAGUAGUUAUCAUUGCUGUGGCGACUGGUGUAUCAUUAGUGUAUGAUUGCCUUGGAAUAGUUUUAGAGCUGAAUGGAGUUCUGAGUGCUACCCCACUUGUUUUUAUCAUCCCAUCAGCAUGUUAUCUAAGGCUGUCCAAGGAGCGAUGGAACCAUUCUGAUAACCUCAUAUCCAGCCUGAUUCUUGCUCUUGGUGUGCUAGUGAUGGCAGUUGGGUUUGUUAUGACUGUCUUGCACCCCCAGGAGUGUAGCCAUGGAAAAGAAAUGUUCUACUGCUUCCCUAGUAAUGUUUCUGUUCCCAACAGUACACUGCCACCAUAGGUACCACACCAGUCUCCAGACUAGAUCUCAGGUACAUCUCGCAGUGAGCCAUACAUGCCAGUUUAAAGGAGGGUGGAACAAACAGCUUAGUGCAUAUUUUGAUAUGCACUAAGAAUUUUAAACUGUGUAACUGUAUUUAUGUACUUGAUUUUAUGCUGCCAUCCUUUUCCAGGUAAGACUUGAGUUUUAACUGUUAAAACACAAAUUCUCAGAGGUGCCUUUCAGUAGACAUUACUUGAAUAACUUGCAAGCCUAAAAAAAAGGUUACAUUUUUUAACUUGGUCUGCAAUGCUGUUUAAAAGCUAUAAAUUAAAUGUUUUGGAAUGUAAACAACUCCCAUGUUUCAUUGAUUUAAUUUCAUUUUUAUUAAUUUUAUAAUCUUUUCAUGUAUAUUUAUUAGCACACUGUAGUAUAGGACUUUUUGAAGUCCUGAGGAAAAGUACGUCUGGAUCUCUGUGUAUUAAAAUUCUGCUGUUAAAUUGAAAGACCCUUAUUAAGUCUGUCUUUGAUUUUGCAAUAACUGUCCUUUAGUGUCCUUCCCUUAUAGUGGCUCUUAAGUCAAAGGGCAAUUUUGUAUUGUGACUGAACUGUAACUGACAAAUUUAAUUGUAACUGUUACAAUUUGUGGUCUUCUAAUUAAAAGAUAUUGCAUGAAUAAAUCCAUGCAGGUGAAUUUAAAAAGAUUCUACUAGGCUGUCAUUAUAAAAAUUUAUAGACUGACAGAGAAAAAAAUUACAUGCAUAGCAAACAGUUGGAUUCUUACAUUUAUAACCCGAUUUAUUAUUUCUGAAACUGAAAUUAAACAAUACUGUGUAUCAGGUAUGUGCAGCUUGAGCAAAUGCUGUGAGAAGACAUUGAUUAUCAUUCUAGUCCUCUGAUUCUUUUCAGUAUAUUAUUGUUCAUUUUGUCAAAUUUUGGUGAUUUGUUAUGUUUUCCAAAAUUCAUGUAACAUCGAUUCAUGUAUAUAUAUAUGUGUAUAUUUAUGUACAUGUAUAUAUAUUUAUAAAUAGACUCACAUAUGCCUAUAGAAUAUGAGUAAUUUGAAGUUGAGUAAUAUGAGUAUCCUCAGUCAUAUCAAUGCUGGGAUUUUGAAAAUGUCUUGUUAUGAAAUCAAACUGUAUACUUUGAGUUAAUUAUUGUGGUCAUUGUGGUUCCCCUUGCCAACUAGAUGUAAAAGGCUAUUUCAUUUUUAUGCUGCUUAAUGGGGAUGAUUUUUGUCUUCAUUUCAUACUUGAUGACAAAACCAUUUCAUUCAAGACUUCUGCCUAAGUAGAUCUUUAAGCAAGAGUCAAUAGAUGGCGAUAAUACUUGUAAGAAUAAUACACUUUUUAAAAGUAGUGUUUCCAAAAUGAAUGUUUUAAGUAUCAGUGGGGUUUUUUUAGAAUGGUGGGGGUUUUUUGUUUGUUUUGGUUGUUUUAUUUGUUUUGUUUUGUGUUUUUUCUUAAGUUGUAAAGCAAUUACAAUGAACUGCUAUUCAGUUCAUUGUGUUAUUCUGCUUUAAUUUCCCUAUAUAGAGUCAGCUUUGAGGAUGAUAAUUUUUCUGUUGUCCACGUACCUGAUACAGUUGACAGAGUAUAUUUUUCACCAGUUUAGAUCCAGCAAUAGCUGAUUUUGUCUUAGCUGUGGAUGAAAUUCACUUUCUUCUAUGCCAAAUGGAGUUAAACCUAAAUAAUAUUUCCUUGUGACAGCUAAUGACACCGUCCUGAUGAAUCAGAAAUCUCUCAUGAGCUUUAUUUUCUUUUUUUUUUCUGAUUUUUUCCACUGUUGAAGUGUGUUAUCUUGUUUCAAGUAUUAAUUAUAAGCAGUCUUUGCUUUAGUGUGUCAGUGGAAUCAUUUAUAACGUGUUGUAGUAUUGCCUGUUCAACUUAAACAUUCUGCUGAGGCCGUGUUGAUAUUAAAUCGUGUUUGCGUGUCCUUUAUGAAGGAUGAGUCUUUCUAUGCUUUUCUACUUUACAAAUGCAAAUUUAAAGACAAUUUGUUUCAUUAUUCUUUCUAUUUUGUAAAGUCAGAGGUAGUAGUGGUCCAUUAAAUGUUUUCAUUGCUGAUAAAGCUUCUUUUGCUCUUGGAAGAUUCUUUUGCUAAAAAUAGUUGCAUUCCUGUAACCAUAUGCUCAGUGCUUUUCACUCAUGAAUUUUCCAGGUGAUGAUAGGGCUCUCCCAGCCAUAACUAUAUUGAAAAAGGGAAGUCAGAUAUCAUGGAUACCAUAAAGUUAACUGCUGUUUGGGUAAUGGCUUUAUAAAAGCUGUGGUCACUUCCUUUUCAGUAUUGCAUAGUGCAACUUACCUUUAUUGAAAUGACAAAUAAUAGCAACCUGCUCUAUGCUUUCUUAAGGCCUAGGAGGUCUGAAUACAGAAAGAAGCACCUUUUUGUUUAACAAUAAAAAUUGUGAUAGCCAGUAGUUUUUUUGAAACACCUAAGACUCCCCAAAAUAAAUUUGUCGAUAUCACUAAAGCAAUGCAGUAUUUAAGGAUAUAAAAAUACAGCUGUUAUAAAUAUGACAGUAAGUAAGUCUUGAUGAUAUAGAAAAGAAAGACACAUAAAUGUAACAGGAAACAUUACGGCAAAAAGAGUAUAACCACAAUAAAGAAUUACUAGUGAAUAUACUUAAAUUAGGCUAAAAUGUCUUUCUGUGACUAAAAAAAUAUAAGGCAAAAGCAGCAAUUUACAGUCUGGUAGUUUUAGCAGAGCUCACUGAAAAUGAAUGAAACCUGAUUACUCCCUGUGUUGUACUAUUGGACAGAUUUGCAGUGAAGUCUGCUUUAGGUUUGUAGCUAUAAAGGUUUGGUUGGUAAGCUGGAGGUAUAUAGCAUUGCUUAAUUACUGAACAAAUCACAACCCCUGGCUCUUUAUAUUUCAGUACAAUAAAGUUUUCUUUUUCAUCUCAGUAAUUUUCAGAUUUUUAUGUUGUUUUGCCUGGUUAACAUUGCAGACUAGGGUUUGCUCUAACUUUGUAAAAUCCAUUGGGAACCUCUCACUGGCCUUAGCUUAUGCAGUAUCUCACCAAAAUCAUACUACUUCAAGCAGAGCUGUGCUGUGCACAGAAGUGGAAGGAGUCCUGGGAGCAGCAAUAUUCCCAGCUCCAAAUGCUCUGUGGUGACAGAACGUCACGGAGUCCGUGCAGAGGGAGAACAGUGAAGUUCCACAAGUGCUUGCUGGCAGGAUUUUUACAUGAACAGCUGUGACUCACAAUUUCUCCAAGUCCCUCUCUCCAGCUGAGAAGGCAUUUCAGGUCACCAGAUGUACAAUUACCAUUCUCACAGGAGCUAAGCAGACAGUUUCUGACUUUCUAGAGCAGUGUGCUUCUUGUCAAUCACAGACUUCUGCACAUUCACAAAAUACUUCCUCCUGAAGGUCUGUCAGAUGACCAAACCCCAUGUACUACCUUAGACUCCCUAGAGAAUUAUCCUGCCUCCUCAAGAAUCUCUGUGGAGGGGGGGAGGAAAAUGGUUCAGGUUUGCUAAAUGGACAUAAUUCUAUAUAUUUUUCACACACAACACUUUUAUAUCUCAUAUUACACACACUAUCUGGAUCUGAUAGGGGAACGAUAUUUAUUUAAUAGAUACACUGUUUAGUAUUUGCUACUCAUUGGCAAACAAAACUUACAUGUAACAUGAUGAUUUGUUCAGACACUAGUGUGAACACUGAGUAGACAUUAGGGAGAGACAUAGAAGUGGCAGACUAAACAAAUGUAUUGUGAGUGAAAAACAUAGGAUUGAACACGUUCCCAUAAGAGGAAUGAGGGAGAAAUCAAAAGCCAAGCAUAAUGCACAGAAGAGUUAUCUUCUUAUAGUAGUUCUAUUACAUGAUCUAAUUUUGAAAGGAAUUCUCAAGUUUCAGCCUAGAAAAUGUGUUGCAACAGUUGUUGUUUGGAUUUUUUUUUUAGUUGGUGUAAAUUCUAAAAUGUACAGGGUUUUAAUUCAGGCCAGUGAAGGAAAUAAGUAGAAGCUUUCCAGUUUCUGCCAUUCCGUGCUACUGGAGAAGAUGAGAUUAAGGUACAUGCUUAGUACAUGACUCAAAACUCUUUAUUGAGAGAAAUUAGAUUAUUUGGUUCUCUCUCUUUCUGUUUAUCUUUCUUUUCCCUCCUAAGUAAAUGCUAAUUCUAGGUUCUUCAUAAGACAAUACUGUAUGGAAGAGCUACAGUCACUGUAUAGAAUUCCAAAAUCACAUGCAACACACAUUGAAGAAAACCACAGGAAAGUCUGAAUUUUCACAUGUGGUUUCCUAAAAGAGACAGUGGCCACCACUAAAUUCUGGAAAUUCCCAAUAAGAUUCAUGAAUUUACUGUAUUAAUACAGAGACAGAAGUAAUGAGCUGAAGACAAAAAGAAAGUUAGACACUCUAGAAAUAAAUUACAGAUGUCAUUCUGUAAAACCUGCAUUUAGAUGGGGUUGUGCAAAUUAUCUUUCAGUUGGGAAGCUUAUGCCUGCCACAAGCAGUAAACUUAGCAGGUUCUUCAGCAGUGUCCUUUGUAUUGAGGGAGGCAGAAAAGCUGACAGUGGAGAUGGUGCUGUCUUGACAAGACUGACUGCCUGAGAUUGCAUGGCAGUAUGUUGUACCCAUCUCUCAUGAUUUUUGUUUCUAGAGGCAGGGGCUGUCUUAUUUUUUUUCUCUGUAUUCAUACACUGCUUAACACAGUGGCUUCUGAUAGAUGACAGGGCCUCCUAGGUGCUGUAGUAACAUAAGCAGUAAUUAUUAAACUUUGGUCAUAUUAUGCUAUUCUGGUGCUGGUCCUCCCAGGAACUUCAUAAACCACCAUGAAGCCUUCCUGGAGAGGUGGGACAAGUGCAAGUGUACAGUUAGCCAAUUAUCAUAGGACAAUUGACAUUUCCACUCUUUCCUAAAUCAGAUGUAAUUUCAUUUAGGUUUUAGAAGAGUAGGCCUCAGUGGUGAAAUGCAAAUAUAGAAUUGAUGGCAUAUCAAAUUGUUUCUAGUGGUCUCUGUUGUACUUGUCCCAGCUGUGGGAAAAGCAUAUGGAUGCAGCAGCCUGAAACCAGCACGCUGGGAGAGAGGAAGGGGAUCUAGACCAUAGAGGUAUGAAGCACUGUCAAUUUUCUUAAUUUAGGUCAGCUACAAAAGCAGUGGGAAUCAAUGGCAAAGCACACAUUUCUUCCUCGCAGUUCCUUCUUUCAGCUCUGUGCUUCCCAUCUAUUGCAUUAAGUGCUUUACAGGGCAUUGUGAUAGGAAAAGACCAUGAGAGUGAGUGAGCUGGAUCAGUAUUCUAACUUUGUAGGUAGAGACGAGAUUAUGAGAAGCUUUAGCAGAGGGAAUGGCGUAGCUGUGGAUCCUGUGGAUCUGCAGGUGACUGAAGGCCCAUGCCAUUAUAUUUCAUGGAGAAGUUUUCACUCCUUGUGAAACUGAACAAGAGAAGAAAUUUCAUUUCUUGCACAUGAAAAGUACAGAUAAUAUUAUAUAGAGAGCUUGUUGUUUUAAAUAAAGAACUAAUAUUUUUAUGUACGUUCUGGGAAUAUGCAGUCUUGUAUUGUCUAAGAAUAACGAUGGAAGGAUAUUAACAAUUCUGCUUGCUGUAAACCAGUUCAAGCUUCUGGAAUUGAUUUAGCCACCUCUGUCUGCUCUGAAGUCCACAGCAACUAUUGACUGAAAGGGCAGGGAAAUGAAGAAAUAUGAAAGGAAGCUUGAAACUAGUCUUUCACUUCGGCAGCUUCUGCUAUCAAACACCAGCUGAACCAGGAAAUCAAUAUAAGCAUUCAAAAUGCAAAUCUUCAAUAGAUAGAAAUACUGUUUCCUCUAACAUACACAUAACUCAAUCUGUAAAAGUAAAGAACUGUGGACUUCUUGGCAAAGAAUUUGUUCUAAAAGAGUUUCUGAGUUCUGUUGCUUGCUACUUUGUAUUAUUAAUUGCUGGUAAUCUGUUCCCACCUUCUUUUAUUAGGAUGCAGUUCUUCCUUAGAUGGAUGUUCUAUUGUAAUUUUUUUCCUUGGAAGACUGUGAAACUUGUAGGGUGCUUCCAUGAGGGUUUAUGUCUUGGAACUAAAGCAGGAUGCAAAAAGAAAAACAUCCUGAAACUUCAGUAGGGCAUCAAAAGAGGAGCGUCAUAGAACUGAGGAAGGAACUUUGUUGAAAAUUUGCAAAUAUUCCCAACUGGUGGUUAAUGCUUCCAAAACUAGAGCCAAGAAAAACCCCAACAUUGUGCUUGUUGUGCUAUAGUUAGAUACAAGCUGGGAACUCACAUCAGUAUUUUAACAAUGUAAAUUACAUUGCAGUGGACUGUGUUUUUAAAUUGUUGAGAUAAGAAUGUUUUACAAGUGGUUAUUGCUUAUGAUGAGAUUUAAGAACUUAUGCAACAGCUUCUAUCCAUUUCCUAUAAUAAGUGGAACAGUGCUAGUGUAGAAUUAUAAAAUAACAUAUCCCAUGCGUCAGGAUGUCAGUAGGUGCUAGACAGAGUAUCAUGGGACUGGUACAAAUUUAUGAAGGAUAUCACUGUGACCCACGAGAAAGAAGUUGUUAGUGUGAGAAGAUGAAGUAAACUUGAUACAAACAGGAAAGUGGAUACGCUGUUGUGUUAAAAUGUUUAUAAAUUUUCCUUCUCUAUAGAAUAAUGAUAAAUAAAAAGUUGUGUAUUUUCAUUGUAGUAUACCUACCUUUUUUUUACUGUGAAAAAAGAAAAGAGCACAAACAAACCUUUAAAGUGCUGUUUUGCAAGUGCAAAAAUAAUGUCUUAAUUGGAAUAAUGUCUUAAAGGAAUUGUGGAAACAUUUCUACUUGUUAUUCCAGGAUCUUCACUUUUGGAUUAACUCUACUACCAGUACUCUUGUAAAUGAAAAUCUGUAUCAAUGUCCUUGGGAUUCCUGCAAAUUAUCAACAGAUAUUAAGAACUGAUUGCAUUUUCUCUUUUUAGAAUCAUCUUGAUCCAGACCAACAACUUGGGGUUUUUUCUCCUGUAUGAAGUGUUAAUUUUGCUUGAAGUAUUAAGCAUAUUUCAAUGCUGAAAAGACUCGUUCAUGAACACCAGCCUUCUGCAUGCUCUUUUACUUGAAUUUAAAUUUUUGUGAGCCUCCACAGGACUCCAAAGUCUCAAUUAUGAACCUAUAUGGUUAACUAAAAAUGCAGAAGUGGUCCUAUUUACUUCAACAUGAAAAUAAGAAGAAAGGUUUAAGUGUGUGUUGGAGUACUGUAGGAAUCAAGAUUUUUUUCUGAUUUAUUGUGAAAUAUUGAUCAUUACACAGACUAAAUCUAGACUGGCUAAAAUAUUUUGGGCGGUAGACAAAGUACUCGUGGGAUAUAAAGAAAUAAUUCAGUUGGUAAUUUUUAGUGGCUGUUCAAUAAUGAGACACUCAGAUAAGUAAAUGUUCAGCAGAUCAAUAGACAGUGUUUUAUAUCUAGGCCUUGCAAGUUGUAUCUUCAGUUUGAUAUUGAAACUAUUUUUAUUUUAUUUU